GUUUGUUUACAUCAGCGUGCCAGGCCAAAACAUCCCCAAGAAAUGAUUGAAAUUUGGAACUGAAAGACCAGGGACAUGUCAACGAACACUGGUUAAUGGAUAAGAUUACAAUCUGCAUGAAAUUGUGACAGACUGUGGUCUACACCAAGGCACAUACAUAUGACAAGAAUUAUCAGGCUUCGAAGCAUGAGUGAAAGCACAGCCGACCGCUCUGAGUUCUCAGACUUUCGUCACCACUGGCAUGCAGCAGUGGGGCUAUUAUUCGCCGCAGAAGUGUUUGCAGUAUGCCUUCAGGAGGUUCAUGUGCAUGGGCAGGAGUUACGGCCCUUACAUCGACAUUUUGAGUUACCCAUCAUCUUGACAGCUGCGGACACAAUUUCACUUCUCAUAUUGCUGAAAGUUGAAUGCGCCGAUGGGCUUAAGAAACAUUCAGAAGGUCUUAUUGUUAGUUUCUUGUGCCAUGUAGUUAUGGAAUAUCUAGUGAACUUUUGGUACAUUUAUUCAAGGAAUGAUUCAUUUGCUGUCGGUUAUUUUGAACCUGUGUUAAUGAUACUAUUGUUAAAAGUUUGUACAAAAACAGAAGUGAAUCUGAAAAUUGGAAUUUUACUAAUCGCAAUGUCAUUUUGUGCGGGCUGCACGUCGGGUGAAAUUGGAAUACUUACAAAUGCAAAUAGGAACGGAAUAAUAAUUUUCCUUGUAACAAUGUUCCUAUGCAUGAGAAACAUUGCAUUGAAACGUUUACACGAAGAAAAGGUGUUUUUUAAAGUACGCAAAUCCAUAGCAAUCCCAUAUACAUUCGUCAUUUUAUCUUUUGGUGUGAUACUUUCAGCAUUCCAUUUGACUUACUGGGCUCUACCAGUAAUGUUCUCACUCAUUUCAAUAUUUGCCUCAGUUUCCGCCCUUUACUGCACUGGCGUUCUUUUAGAAUCAAUGCACGUAAUUUCCAUAUCUGUUUUGGGACUUGUAUCUCAGAUUGCCAUCAAUGUCGUGAGCAUUCCAGUUGAACACAAGCACAAUGUGAUAAUCUCCAUGGCUGGGGCGCUGGUUCUGUUCUGCAUCAUUGGAUUGUACUUCCAGACCUUCUCCAACGUGGAAUCCACGGAAAUACUUGGGGAGCCAGUGCCACAUCACGAAGUCUACACACGCCUGGAGUUCCUGACCUUUGUUGGUAUUGUGUGUGGUCUUAUCUUCUACGUUUUCAAACCAAAGUUGAGUGAGAGGGACUUAAACAACUUACACUUCGUUGGGCUGGAUAACAUUGUCAAGACUUUAUUGAGGCAUCAAUAAUCCUAUGUUCUGUUAAUCAAAGUUAAGUGAGAAGGACCAUUACAACUUACACUUCGUUUAGCUUAUAACUUCAUCGAGACUAUUUAGGCAUCAAAAACUCUACGUUCUGUUAACCAAAUUUGAGUGAGGUGACCUUACAACUCACACUUCGUUUAUAUAACUUUGUCAAAACUAUUUUGGCAUCAAUAUAUAUAAUGUUCUGUAGACUGAUGUUAAGUGAGUGAGGUCUUAACAAUUUUUAAUUUUUAUAGGCAUACAGUGUUUUUAAACAAUUAUGUAAAUCAUCAAAGUAUAUAAUGUUUAAUUCUUGCUGCAGUUCAGGUUUAAGUGGGCCAAAUUGAUGUCAAUAGAUAUUUGAAUUAACCAAUGAAAUCAUUUAAAAUAAUUGAAUAAACCAAUGAAAUCAUUGAAAAUAUUUUAUUUAACCAAUGAAAUCAUUUAAAUGUGCACACAUGUCAAAAGAUAGCCUGUGUUUUUUUUUACAAUUGGCAGCAAGUAGCGGUCGAUUCUCAAAACUGCAAAAUAAUCGAAUAUAUAUAAUCAGUCAUAAGUCAUACAAUAUAACAAUGGAAGUCAAUUGUUGUUCAUGACUACCGGGUAAGUUUGAUUUUAAUAUAUAUUUUUAAAUUAUUCAAAAAAUAACAGAAAAUUGUAUUGUAUUAUUAUUAAUAUUUUUGGAUAAUCUUUUCACCAAGGCAUCCUGCAAAAUCAUUUCUUGUAAUAAAGUUGCUCUUUUUUUUGCUCUUAUUCUGUUAAAGCUGCACUUGAUUGUGAUGUAAGUGUGAUAAAUGCAUACUUAGGGUUUUAGCUGAAAGGUUAUGGAAGGAUUCUGCUCCCUGUCCUUUUUCAGUAGCAGCCUUCUGCCCCCAUGUAAACCAGCACGUGUAAUCUUCUGACUUUAUAGAUUUAAAUGCUCAAGACAGUCAAAUAUUGCUUUUGGCAAUGUCUAAAACUUAUUAUAAGAUUAUAAAUACAUACUCAGUUUGCAUAUCUGGCAGUUGAAAUCUAAUAAUUACUUUAAUUAACACAAUUUCUAUCAUUUUCUGCCAAAUUCAUAAUGUUCAAGUUCUUCAUGGCCCGAUUCAAUGUGCCCUUUUUACUUUUAGCACCCUGUCCCUCUUCUGCAGCCGCCAGUCCUUUUUAAUUCCUGGCUGAAACCCUAGCAUGCUAUUUUGUGAUGUCUAAUGGCAAUUUACCUCUUGUGAUAUACAUUGACAUAUGACAUACAAAUUAUUAUAUGAUUUAUUUGUCGAAAGGAAUGAUAACGGACAGAAAAUAGCAAUCUUGAAAAUUUAGUUUGAAUAUGAGUGAUUCAACCCCCAACAGAGAAUGAUACCCAUGUUGAAAAUGUUUUUGUUUUUGGUAUUGUCAAAGCCAUAUACCAAUAUAGAGCUUUUAAUUCUGAUCCUGAUUUGGGGAUAAUCACUGAGGAGGUAAAGACAAUACAUAUUGUUAUAGCAUGGUUGAUGCUGGCUUGCACUGUUCGAGGGCUUAGUUUUAGAUUGUUUAUUACCUAUUUCUAAAUUGAGUAACAACAGUUUUACACUAAGCCCACAACUGACACUAUAUUGGAACAUAAAUUAAAACCCUGUUACAGAUAUUAACAUUAAACGUGGUACAGAUUUUAACAUGAAACUUGGUACAUUCAUCAACAUGAAACUUGGUACAGAUGUUAACAUUAAACUUGGUACAGAUGUUAACAUGAAAUGUGGUGCAUUCAUUAACAUGAAACUUGGUUCAGAUAUUAACAUGAAACUUGUUACAGAUAUUAAAAUGAACCAUGGUACAGAUUUUAUUAUGAAACUUGGUACAGAUAUUGACAUGAAACUUGGUCAGGCAUUAACAUGAAACGUGGUACAGACGUUUACAUGAAACUUGGUAAAGAUGUUAAAAUGAAACUUGGUAAACAUGAAACUUGGUACAGAUGUUUACAUGAAACUUCAUACUAUAUGCACACAUGUAGCAUGUCCCAUUAGCCUAGAAUACAAACUGGAUAGGUGAUCCUUCACAAAAUGAAACUAGACAAGCAUUUGAAAAAAGCAGUUAUGGUUUUAUUAAAACUCUUCAUUGACAUGAAUGAAAACCGUUACUCUGUCAACACAACCCCACCAACCCCCACCCCCUGGCACCGGUUUAGGCAGUACUAUACCAGAAAAUACUUAACUGCACAGAUGAAUAAAUAAGUGAGUUUAUGUUUUGUCGAAUUCGUUUUGGGGAAAAAAACGGACAAAUGUUGGCAUUAACUUGUGCUUCCCUUGCUCUUAUAUAACAUGUUUUGAAAUCCAAUCUGGAUUGCAUUGUUAUAUAUCAACUUACACACUUGCUUGCCUGAAAUCCUUGUGCCUUGAUAUCUGGGUCUUGUACAGGGACCCUAUUCAUGAAGCAUCUUAGUGAAAAAAUCAUCUUGGUAAAUCUUUCCUAAAUUUUGGCACCUUUUAUUUAUCCUCUGUAUUUGUCAUUAACAUGUAUUCAUACGAAAUUAUAAUUUAUACCAUAAUCUUGUAUAUUUUCAUAAAAUAAUCACAUGCAGUUGAGGAAAUGAAAACAAAAUAAAUGCAUUGCCAUAUGUGAUGUUUAUGUUCCAUAUGUGGAGUUGCCACUAAAAUCCUUUAUCAAAAUGGCCCUAAAGGGACUUUGCUUGACUCUGUAGUAUAUGUUUGUGUAAAUGCAUUUAUAAGUAUUUUAUUACUUUUUAAGGAUUUCCAAUAUUAUUGUAUUGUUUAUUUACCUUUGUUUUGUUUAUGGGAUGCAGCAUAGUUAUCAGGUGUUUCACAAAAGCGGUUUUAUUAUUUGUUUUGUUAAUAGUGUAAAAUAUAUAAUGUGUAUAUUCAAAUAAAUUACCAUUGGCACGAUUGUUCAGAAAUUUGUAAUAGUUAUCAACGUGAUAAACGACAUCGUUGUUAACUUUCAAAGGUGAACUAUUUUGUAACCUGCUCAUAUAUUUAGAUCAAACAUGACUGUACAGCUUAAACAGAAGUCUCGAGCCUUGUUAGAUUUAUUGCAGAUCACAAUUUCGACCUUUGAAUUCCAGAGCAGUAAAGACUUGAAUGUUAACAACGAUGAUUGUUACAAUGUUGUUAACUUUAACAAAGUUCUGAAUAUUCAGCCUGAUGUGUAUGUUCAUAUUGUUUACCUAAAUGAUGUUAGGUACUGUGGGCGUUUAACUACUUAUGGAAAUAAAUUAUGAAACUAUU